GCCGCCUUCGCCGCGGACUUUCCCCCGCUCCAUCGCCAAGGGACUCAGCGCCUCCUUGCUCCCGAUUUUCUUCCCUCUUAGGUGUCUCGUUACCGGUUCCCAAUUUCCUCCCCAAAGCUAUUUGCAGUCUUCCCUUUAAAAUAUUUUUUUUCCAACCAGGAUGGGAAGACUAGUUCCUUCAAGGCGUAUCCUCAUGGGACCGCAGUGAAUACACAGGGGGAGACCCAAGAGAGGAAGGGAAGGGAAGGUGAUGGAGAGGGAGGAGAGGGGCCGAGAGAUUUGAGAGAUGACGCCCGGAUGCGGUCAGGCAGCGAGGGUCCCCCUCCCCAAGAAUGGAGCAUCUCUUCACAGGAACCAGAAGCGCAGGCUGGCUCAGGAGCAAGUACAACUUCGUCGCGGUGGUGGUGGAGAAGGUGGCGCCGUCUGUGGUGCACUUGCAGCUGUUCCGCAGGUCACCUCUCACUGGCGAGGAUAUUCCUGCAUCCAGUGGCUCUGGGUUCAUAGUGUCUGAGGAUGGGCUCAUUGUUACCAAUGCCCACGUCCUCACCAACCGGCAGCGGAUCCAGGUGGAGCUCCAGAGCGGGGUCCAGUAUGAAGCCACCGUCAAGGACAUUGACCAUAAAUUGGAUCUCGCUCUCAUUAAGAUUGAGCCAGACACGGACCUUCCUGUAUUGCUGCUGGGAAGGUCAUCUGACCUGCGAGCUGGCGAGUUUGUGGUGGCCUUGGGCAGCCCGUUUUCUCUGCAGAACACAGUGACUGUGGGAAUUGUCAGCACUACCCAGCGAGGGGGCAAAGAGCUGGGGCUGAGGGAUUCCGACAUGGACUAUAUCCAGACGGACGCCAUAAUUAAUCACGGGAAUUCGGGGGGGCCCCUGGUGAACUUGGAUGGUGAGGUGAUCGGCAUAAACACCCUGAAGGUGACAGCGGGCAUCUCCUUUGCGAUUCCCUCCGAUCGCAUCCGACAGUUCUUGGAGGAAUUCCACGAGCGCCAGCUGAAAGGAAAGGCUCUUUCACAGAAGAAGUAUCUGGGUCUGCGAAUGCUGCCCCUUACCAUGAACCUGCUUCAGGACAUGAAAAGGCACGAUCCCGAUUUCCCUGAUGUGAGCUCUGGGGUUUUUGUGUAUGAGGUGAUUCAAGGAACCGCGGCUGAAAGCUCUGGGUUGAGAGACCACGAUGUAAUUGUCAGCAUAAACGGGCAACCUGUCACCACCACCACCGAUGUGAUUGAAGCCGUGAAGGCCAGUGAUUCUCUGUCCAUCCUGGUUCGUCGGAAAAGUCAAACUUUGAUCCUGACAGUCACCCCUGAAAUAAUCAAUUAAGUGCCUUGCUUUAAAGAGAAAUGAUCUAACAAAACCAAAGCUAUAUGUAGUACCUGGUUUGUAUUGAAGACGUGUCGAAGACGGAAA